AUGGGCAGCUUCAAGGUCAUCAUCGCGGGUGGCGGCCUUGCAGGUGCCCUUUUGGCGAAUGGACUCAGCAACAAUGGUGUUGAGUUCAUGAUAUACGAGCGCGAUGAAGCUGACUCUAAGCGAGAAGGCUACCAGAUUCGACUUGGCCCCGGUGCGCAGGCUGGCUUCCGUGCCUGUUUGACCAGCGCCCAUAUUGACAAGAUCACCGCCAAGCUUGGAAAAUCAUCUGGUUCGCAGGCAACAGCGCCGUCCAUCUACAAUACGCAUUUCGAGGAGAUCGUCGAUCUGGCCCUUGUACCGACGUACUCGAAGUCUGCGGCCAUAAACAGGGUUGUACUGAGGGACAUACUGUUGGAUCCGAUCAAGAAGAGCGGAAAGAUAAGCUAUGGCAAGAAUGUGCAUUCUUACGAAAUUCUAUCUCAAACAAACGGCGCAGAGAAAGUGAAGGUGUUCUUCUCUGAUGGUUCUCACGAUGUCUGCGAUGUGCUUGUGGGCGCCGACGGAGCAAAUUCCCAAAUAAACAAACAACUUGGCUUGGACAACAUUCGUCUUCUCGAUAGUCAUUGGUGUUUCUGUUCGAAAGGAAGUCUACCCUUUGACCGAAUGAUGAAUUUGCCCCCCAAAUUGCGUGAAGGACCUAUUAUGGUACUCUCCAAGCGCAGCAUUUUGUAUUAUGCUCUCUAUCUUCCUGAGGAACAGACAAAAGGUAACAUUUCUGAGGCGGCUGAUUCCACGGAAUCAUUGCGAUACGAUGAAUCGGCGGCGUCUUUCUACUGGGCCCUCAAUGUUCCAGUCAGUGCACUGCCCUACAGGAAAGCUUCGGAAAUCCAGGAUCACAGACUAGUUUGUCUCGAAGCAAUCAAAGACUGGGCGCCCGAAUUUCACAACAUGCUCAGCGUUGGAGGAGAUGACCCCGAGCAUACUGACAUGCUCGUGACUCAAUUCCGUGCGAGUACGCAGCCCAGGGCGGAUUGGCGAGCAGAGGCGCGGAAGAUUGGGAAGGACAAGGGACAUCCCCGGGUGUGGGUCAUCGGGGACGCCAUUCAUGCUAUGCAACCAACCCGCGGUCAAGGAGGUAACCAGGCGUUAGCUGAUUGCGCCGACAUUCUUCCUCAGUUACUUCGCCUCGAUUCUUUGGCCAGUAUCGAUCCGGUACGUCCGACUUUCGAGGAGGUGGAAACUGCGUGUAAUAGCUACGAAAGUACAAUGACAGCACGAGCAUUCCCUUGGGUAAAGAAGAGCGGAGGUGUUAGCUUUCCAAGCGUCAAUCUCGAUGGUCUUUUGGGUAUUGCCAUACGCUCCUUGGCUAAACUAAUCGUGCCACUGCUCAAGUCAUACUACAGCUUAUUCGGCCAGAAAAAAGAAGGAUAG